AACAACCAAAAAACCAAAAAGAUGGAAGCUCUUUUUAAGCGCCAUCAGCUGUCUCUUGCAUGGUGCAUGUGGUACAGAUCACCAUGACAUCCCUAUUGUCCGCCCUUUUUGAUGCGACACCAAGACCCGGGCUGCAGCCUGUUCCGAACACCAAACCCUUGACUUUCGAAGCUGCAGUGCUACCUCCGAUUAUUUAUUUUCUUGCGCUACUGUUCCUACCGCCGCCACCACCGCAGUCUUUCGAUACUCUUGCGGUAAAGCUGCUUCGUAAUGCCCUAGCUUUGCUGGCCGGAGUUUUGUUCUUCCGGUUGCCAUUAGCUUACUAUGUGCCACAGAGCAUCGGGCUGAACUAUCAGCUGGCUCUUGUUGGUCUUUACGGCGGUUGCAGAGUCCUGGAUGCUUUCUUUAUCAGUCCGUAUGGCUUUGGACACAUCCCUCGUCGGGUCCGCUACAAGCACAUAUCUCGAGCUCAUACGCCUAUGCCAGUGGAAGCUGACAAUGAGCCUCAAGCCAAUGCCAAAGGUGGAGCUAAAGCUGGUGAUGACGAACAAACCGUUUCGGACACUGUUUCCGAUGCUGUUCAACAUGCUCGUCGAGGCUCAUUGGCAGACUCGUACUUUGUGCUUGAGAAGAAGCUUUCCGAUCUCAGCGAAAUGAAGCCGGUGUAUGAACUGGCGACUAGCGAAGAAGGAUGGCCGCACAACUUCUUUGAUCGUGCUUCAUGGGCUCUCGAGCUCGAAACCAGUAUGCGCGGUAUUGGCUUCACGUGGACCACAGCCGACGUGCGACAUACUCGCAAGACUUGGUUACCGACCGCCAAAAAUCGAUUACACUCGAUUCUCUUCCAUGUCGGUCCUGUCCUGGCAGGUUGUUUUGUCAUCAUAAGGACCACUUAUGUGCAAUAUCUCGAAGGAGCACCGCAGGCUGAUUUUGGCGUUCAUACCGAGGAUCUGUUCGACAGCCGUCUACCGCUGUGGCUUCAGCUUCUGUUGACUGCAGCUCUGGGUGCUUUUCUCAUGGCUGCUUUUUCUGUGGCACACUCAAUGGCUGCGAUUAUGCUCAGUCCGCUAGCACCUUCACCACUUGCAUUCUUCCCGCCUCUCUACAGCACCCGUAUCUGGGAUAUCAAGUCUGUACGAGGCUUCUGGUCAUACGGCUGGCACAGAUUGUUUGCAAGAUUAUUCCUGGUCUAUGGCGUUUGGCCUGGAGAAUGGCUUGAGAGGAAACUGACAGGCAAGAGAAGCGACGAGCCAGCUGAUAUUGGCAAAGUGCUCGGAGGCUUCAUCUCAUCCGCUUUUGUCCAUUCUUUCGCAGUCAGAUCAGUGCUCGGAGGAGAGUGGAGUCGUGCUUUGGGAGAAGCCAAGUUCUUCGCCGCCAAUGGCUUUGCUGUGGUACUCGAGGAAGGCAUUCGACGGCAAGUGAUGUCGUGGAGGAAGAAGAGAGGCUUGCAAUUGGAAAUGUGGAACUUCGCACGAGGUUGGGUGAACGCAGGUUUGGUCAGAGAGAUGGCUGGCAAGUAGUCAAGUGCU